ACCAAAUCCCUCAGAAGUAACGGAUAAACAUGGCCGACAGCAUUUCACAGAAUACCCGUGGUGUGCGGCAAAACGACAUAUCGUUCCUUAGCAUUGACAUGUUUGUUUCAACUCAAAUUAAUAAUAUAUAAGUUUUUAAAACGAAAUCACUUCAAAAACCUGUCACUAUGGGCAGUUCCACCCAAAGCUCCGGAAAAAUAACACCAUUCCAACAGAUGAUAUCUUCAGGGUCCGGAGCUUUGAUAACCAGUCUCUUUGGUAAGUUUCUAACGAGUGUUCUCAAAGGUAACCUUUAGAUACUUGAGGCUACUACCUCGUAAUCUCUUAGUUUUUUUCUCGUUUCUGAAACAGUUUUGGGUUGGUUAAAAGGAGAGUUUCAUGGCAAAUUUCACGUUUUCUCAAAAAGUUCAUUGACAUGAUGUAACAUUGCAUUUCACUUAUCACGUGCAAGUAGCCAAGAGCGUGGGAAAGGGGUAUGGGCAGGGCAGGGCAGGUAUGUAAGUUUUGUGUAAGUAUGUGUUGCGCCUGAACUUAACUACUUUCUUGUUCGAUGGUGAUUUUAACACGUGCACAUCUUCCAUAUACUCGUUACCAGUGAUGUAAUUGAAAGGGGGACUUUUGCAUUUUACUAUGGCCUCUCUUGCGCCUUCCUCCCUAAGACGAUUAAAAUCCAAAGUGUCUCAAUUACUUCGUCGACAUUUUCAUGUCUUUUGUUGUUGUUUAUUUUAAGUGACUCCUCUUGAUGUAGUAAAAACAAGACUGCAAGCUCAGCUCAAGCCUAUCCCAAAAUGUAAGAAUUUGUUGUCUUGUGAUUUUAUUGUUCUUUACGAAAUGGCUUUUGUUAAUUUACAAUGAUAAUGCUAAUAAAAUGAUAAUAUUAAUAUUAAUGAUACUGACAAUGAUGAUGAUGCUAAUAAAUGUUAUUAACAGCAGUCAAUUCUUCUCCUGCACUUGGGUACUUAGGGCUACGGCCAGAGACUGCUAUUGUUGCUUGUGGUUUGCCUUCUUUUCUAUUUGUCUUUUGCCAGUUACUAGAACAUUAAUGAUAAUAACAGUAGAAACAAUCAUUUAAAAGUUUAAUCUCAAUGAUGAUGAGAUAUUAAAGCCUAAUUAAUGAACUGCAAAGUAUGUAUGUUUUGAAUAGAUUGAAAGGAGAAAAAAUCAGCAUUAUGUCUUAUUGGUAAAAGUGAAGAACAGUUCCUGAAAGAUACUGUUGGCCAACUGUAAACUGACAGUUGGUUGACAGUCGACUCACAGUUGGCCAGCAGUUUUCAUUAUGUUUCAGGCCAAAGUUUUUGCCGACUGUCAGCCAACAGUCACCAACCUGUUGGCAACCUGUCAGUAUCCUGUUGGUAACAUGUCUGUAGGUUGUAAACUGAAAUGAUCAUAAACAUUUACCUAUAUAUUGCUUCUAAAAAUACAUAAAGGAGAUAAGUCAUUUCAAAAAGAUACCUUGCACUGUACUCUCAAUAGCUACGAUGGCUUUUGCCCACUUUUUUGUUUUGGCUGGUGAAUUUUUCCCAAAUUGGUUUGAUUUCAUUUAUCUGCUAUAUCGAAAAGUUUUUCUAGUUCCCAAUCCCCUAAAUACACUGCCUCCAAAACCCUUUUCAGAAAGUCUUUAUUAGAACUAUUUGACCUGUUGGUUCAUUCACUUUUGCAAAGUUGGUGGCUCCUAAAGGAGCCGUUUUUUUUUUUUCAUUUCUGAGCAGGAUGACAUCCCUACUCUUUGAAGCGCAGAUCAAACAUCAAUGACGGCUGACUGUCGGUAAUGUGUAGGUAACCUGUUGGCUGACAGUUGAGCGACAGGUUAUCAACAGCCAAAAAUGGGAACCAUUGUUCACUAUUACCAUCUUAUUUGAGUCUUUUGGAGUUGAAAGACCAAUUGCCAGACCUCCUUGUUUCUUUUUCUACUUUCCCUUUAGAACCAAUCAUGACAUUAUAUUACUGGACCACAAGUUGUAGCAGGACUAUUACUAUGUGGUCCAAUUUUAGUGGUUAUCACCUCCUAUAGGAGGGGAAGCCAUUUAUGUUGUUGAGAUGAGCAAGUGUAACAAUAAAAUUCCAAUCUUGACCCAAUGUUUCCAGGUGCUACUUCUACUGCUAAUAUCUAAGUAGUUCUACAUGGGCGCUUAUUUUCUUUAAAGAGAGAGCAUUUAACCAUAUAAAUCAGCAAAUUAUGUAGAUUGGAAGAUAUAAUCUUUUCAGUUCCUGCCUGACACUGAGAAAGACAAUCUCAAAAUGAUUUCACAGUGGCAUUCAGCAAUGCGUAAUUUAAAUCAAAACUUUUUACUUGCAGAAAUAUCUCAAUAGAUGUGAUCUGCACAUCAAGGAAGCUUUGAGAAGUCUUUUUUUUAUUUUAAGAGAGAGCAUUUUACAGUUUGAAUAAGUGACUUCUGGGGAAGAGAGCUACUGAAUUUGUGAAGCGGGCAAGCUAGGAAAUGUAAUACUUUUAGUCAGUCAAUAGAAUGAUGGAACUGAGGAAUAAUGGAAUGGCAGAAUAUCUUAAGAUGUAGAAUAAAGGAGUAUCAUAAAACACGAAAUGUGUUUUUGCAUGAAACAAAAGUCUCAAGAAAUGGAAUUGCUAUAGGAUAAGAAAGUCAUUUACAACUUAUAGGCAAAGUUAAAGGAUAAUGAAAGAUUUAGAAAACAUUUCAUAAUAAAAAGUAGUGAGAAUAAAACAUGACAUUUCAGCAACAAUGUGUCACCAUUAUCAAAUGUAAAAUUAUUUUAAGUUCAGUGACAAGGAAAGGAAAGUGUGAAACUAAAUUAGAAUCAAAUGAGGUGGAGUAAAACAAAAGAAUAUACAUAAUUAAAUAAACGGUUUCACUGGAGUGGAGUCUUUUUGAGUGUUCAGAGUCGGUCUCUUUUUCUUAUUAAAAGCAUCUCACAAAUAAGGCACUCAAACUUUCUGUGUCAUUUCUUUAGGAUGAAAAAUUGCUUGUGAAGAUUGUUCGGUCUUCAAUUGUGUUUGUUCUCAAGAUGUUUAUGAAUGAUGGAAUAUUUGUGCUCCUCAAUGUGAAGGUGGAGGUGAUGGUUCAUGUAGCCUUUAUUAUUUACAUCACACAAAUUACAUUUAAAUUCAUCCAUAAGGCAUUGUUGGUUUACCUGUGAGGGCUUUGUUUCUGUGACUUUUAAAAUUUUGGAGGUUUUCCUACUUGUGAAAACUGAUUCUAGUACACAGUCAAUUUUCUUUCCAAGGUCACUUAGUUGUCUGCACACAGUGUUGGCAGAAAGUUAAAGUAAGCAUACUAUUAGGUAUUUAUUGUUAGAGCCCAGAAGAUUGGGGAACCUUAAGGUUUUCUAGCUAGCCCCUUAAAUUAUUAUUAUUUACUAAAGUUAUCAUUAUUAUUUUUGUUGAUAUUAUUAUUUGCUACCAUUUGGGUAUUGUUUAAUGUCAGUUUCACAACAUAUUCUUGAAUCACAUUUCUCUUGUGGAACAGGGUACUCAUAAAUAUGUGGAAUGCCACAGGUUCUCUGUUUUGUAAGACGGACAAAUAUUCUGUAACACUACAUUCUGUUGUCAUUGUACAACCUCUGGUCCUUUUCAAUGCUAUAAAAAUUGUGCUACACUAAUAGCCGCAUGCAUUCUUUGACUGUCCUUUUUUUGGUUAUACAGCUUAACUUGCUGGUUAGAAGGGAAAGAUGAAAUUAAUAUCUUUAACAACAACCAAUCCUUGUGCAGGACUCUUUCAUUAUCUGAAAUAUAGGAUUGAUUAGAGAUGACACAUUUAAAAGAUAUAAAGAAAAAUUGGAACCAUAUGUAUGUAUGUAUGGAUUCAAGAUAUCAUAAUUGAAAAUGGCUAUCUGUGGUACAAGAGUUUAUGUUGUGCUUACAUUGAAGGAAAACUGUUCUAAAACCAAAAAAAAAAAUCAAUCUUCAUUUUGGCUCAAUGAUCAACUGGUGACAUGUUAGACUUAAUAAUGGGUUAGGGGAGAGGUAGGUGCACAUUUGCUAAGAUACUGACAUUGAUCCCAGCAUCUUCAUAAAACUGUGAUGUCAUAAUUUUUUUUGAAUGACUAUGUUGGUAAAUGUAUAUGUUGCAGAUUAAAAUGAAAUUCUGGUCAAAAUGGUAGUAAUCUUCAGGGUUGCAGGUCAAGUUUUAUUUCCUCUCAGUCCAGAUUCAUCAUCCUGAUUGUUAAGCAACAACAACAACAACAACAAUAACAAAGUGUUGAAACUAGUAUAAAAUCAGUUUUAACUAUGACAUACACAUAUCUUUUCUCUCUAACUGUUUUAUUUUCAUGUUUUAAUCCUUCAGCUCCAUGUUACCUGUUCUGUAAUGGUCUCAUGGAUCAUCUGUGUUUAUGUGCCAAUCUUGGAUCCCCUUUCCGUCCAUUUCCUCAUGCUCCUCAUCCUCCUUUUGAUUCAACAUUGGUAAGUCUGAGAAUGUCAGCACUUUACUGUUAUUAAAAUAUGUUGUCCAUAAUAAAUCUAAAGAGGUCUGCACUUCCAGUGGUUUUUUCCCCUUUUCAGCUAAUUAUGUGUGGGUUGGAAUUAUAACUAUGUGAAACUACACCAGGCACAUGUAUGAAGAGAUUUCGUUAAAAUGUACUGGUACUCCUAUUAAUGUUACAUAAUAAGAUUAUUUCUUCAAACUAGCAGUCAGAGGUAGUGUCACCGUCAUGAUCAUGGUACUUCGAGAUAUUAAGUUCAGGCUUUUCCAAAUGAGCUACAUAGUGACCUAAAAUGAUAAAGAGGUCUCUAGAAACAAAAUUAAGUGGUCAGGAUAUAAACCUACAGGAAAGUGCCUGGAAAAUCCUUGGAAUCCUCUAAUGAAAUGCCAGCUUUAAAAUGGUUACCACAGUUCUUACUGCCAAAAAGACACUUUCCUCACUUCCUACCACUAAAAAUUAGUGGUACAACAUUUUGUACCAUUUUUUAUCUCACUUAACUUGAGAAUAUGAACAGAAAAUUCCAGAGCUCUCAUAAUUGUUGAACAUGGGUUGCUAAAUUGGCAACAUUUGCUGUAAAUUUAGCACCUAAAUUUGAUUUUUGUGUCCAGGAAUAUGUUGUGAUUUACUCCUUUCCUAUUAUACAGAUGAACUUUCGAUUGAUAAUUCUUGAAAUGGAAUUGAAUGACAGUUUUGUUUCAGUUGAGUACACAGUUCAACAAUGUGUACUCAAAUAACCUCAAAUGAUUGUUAAUUUAAGAACAGUUUAUUCAAAUUCCAGGAUGCUUUGAUGAAAAUUCCUCGCUAUGAAGGCAUCUCAGCAUUGUGGAGAGGCUUACCACCAACUCUGUAAGUAGAUGGUUUGAGCAGUUUGUUUGUUUAACUCUCUUUGUGAAAUUCAGAACAAUGUGGUUUAUGAUUGCUGCUGAGAGGGAUUGUUUGAAAUUGGUUUGGGUCUGUUUCUGAAGGAAGUUUUUAGUUUGUAAAGAAAUUAUCGUAGUGCAUGAGUUGGUGGGCAACUAGAACACUGGACUGAUGAUAAAAUUAAUUUGAAGAGAAUGAAAAUAGAUAAACAGCAAUAGGUAAGUUUGGAAGCAUUGCACCAGGAGAUUACCUUAGUAAACAUUUGGUAGAAGUUUAAAAGAAGUGUCACGGAUGUUGGGGAUAAAUAAUGGUAAUUGAACUGAGUGAAGUGCAACCUGAAAUCAUAUGAGUUAUUUAAAAAUUGCACAAGUAGUGAUUUCAGACCAAAAUUAUGUUGUAUUACAGUAUGAUUUCAGACCGAAAUUGCAUGACACAAAGUUCAAUCACUUCAUUAUAUCUAUUUUGAAAUUGUAAAAUUCCGUUUCUCAAAUACAGGAUUUUUAGUCUGUACAAAUGUUUUAUUUUUCCAAUACUGAGCUGGUCUAUAAAAUGUUACAAAAGUUGUUUUUCAUUUUCCUAUCAUUUGAUUUGUUCCUUUCUAGAAGCCUUGAAAUCUGAUUGAUUGUUCUGUUUUAGUAAAGCUGUCUCAUUGGCUGGGAAAAAUGCUAUUUAGAGCAACAAAGUGGUUUGAUUUGCGAGUAAAUCAAAUCAUCAAGGGCCAAUCAGGUUACAAAGAUUACCAUUUAUUUCAAAAUGGAUGACAAUUUCAUGAGUGGAUCACAGCAAUCCACAUAUAAAAUAUACUGCAUGUCACUUUAACUCUAGACCAUAAACACACAUAAGCACAGAGUAGUAAACACACCAUUACUUGUUGAAUGACUACCAAACCAAGGUUGCAACUUUUCUUACAUAUUUACUUCCAAAAAUCUUUUUCUUGCUAUGACAACAAGAGUUUGCUCAGAGUGCUGACUGACUUUUCUUAUGGUUGUGUUGCAGAGUUAUGGCUGUUCCAAACACAAUGAUUUAUUUUACUCUUUAUGACCAGCUUAAAGUGGUGUAUGGAUUUAAAGAGGGAGAGGAAAACUUUUGGUCACCAAUGUGUGCUGGAGUUACUGCUCGAAGUAAUAUUUGGUUUCUCUUUUGUCAUUUUACAUAACCAACAAAAUUCAUUUGAAAAUUACAUGCACAUCUCAUUCAUGAACUGGUAUUUAAAACAAUACCUCAAUGACCUCUCAGGCCUGCUUUCAGUCUGAAUGACUGAAUAACUUGAUGUAUGGUAAAAGUAAUAGUCAACAUGACCACUCUUUAUCAACUUGUGUGUGUGAGACUAAAUGUAAAUGUUACCUUCUAUCUACUUAAAAUACAACAACAUUAUCCAUUGGGUUUGGUGACUAAUCUGAUCAUGUUUUUUUUACUUCAGCUGCCUCCAUCACAUGCAUAUCACCAAUAGAAAUGAUCAGAACCAAACUGCAGUCAAGAAAGGAAUUUAGUUAUAAAGGUAUUGUUCAUCUAAGUUGCAUCACAUACUACGCAUGAAGUCCAACCUUUAUGAUAUUUUGAGUGUAGUGUUUUUUUUGUUUUUUUUUUGCACUUUGUCUGUUGAAUGUUUCCAGUUACUGGUAAAUGGGACAGAUGCAUCAAGUAGGAAUCAUUUUUAUGCAUGACAGUAGUUGAAAUUUUAAGAUGAUUAUCAUGAAUGUAGGUAUCAUCUUUGUAGGUGUUUUUUUGCAAUAUUCUAAUGAAUUUCUUUGUUUUUAUUUCAGAGCUUGUAAGUGUUAUUAAGAAUGCCAUUCAGCAAGGGGGAAUGUUAUCACUCUGGCAUGGAUUAGGACCUACACUGCUCAGGGAUGUACCAUUCUCAGGUUGGGACUGUAUUAAUCAGUAACACUGGUUCCAGCUGUAGUAUUUAUUUGACUCAAGAACUGAUUUUCAAUGGAAUUGACCCCAUUUUUAGUCAUUUUCUAUCAUCUAAAUCAAACUAAAAUAAAAACAUCAAAUCAUGUCCUUUUUUAUCAACAUCAACAGGAUAUUUCAAAUUUAACACCAGCAUAUUGGUGUUAAUCAUAUUGUAGUAGAAAUUCUACCUUAUUGUUGACCUAAGUAUUGUUGCUGAUUUUCUGUUUGUCUUUUAAAAGCUGUUUAUUGGAUGGGCUAUGAAGUCCUAAAAUCAAAGUUUGCUGAGCCAGGAUUUAUUGCUAGUUUUUCAUCGGGAGUGCUGUCUGGAGCUGUGAGUACAUGUCUCAUUUCUCAUUAUUUUAUUUCAUAGGCUAAAUAUUUUGCACAUUAUAUUUUGUAGUACAGUGUAAAAAACAAAACUCUGGAAGUACAGCAGACCAUUUAUAUCACAAGACAUGAAGCUUAGUUCACUUUUGUACUUAAAUUUGCAGAUUCUCCUUUUUACCUACAUCCAUAUUUUACAUACCUGGGAAGACACUUGAUAAGUUGAACCUUUGCCAAAUAAAACCUUGUGUUAACUGAAAGGAAAAUUUAUUUUCCCUGGAUUUGCAUCACACAUAUAUUGUAAUUUCACUGACUGGGAAUGACUGGAAAUCUCCUUGGGAACUAGUCUGCAGAGAAGGUGUAAUUGGCAGGAGCAAAUAUUAACUUUGUGAAAAUUAUAGCUGUCACCUUUGAUUUUAACAGUCACAAAAGGCUGGAGAGAAUGAAAUUUGUAUUGAAGGGGUGAGUGAGGAGAGGAAGCAGAGCAAAUAGACAUAAUUUCCACACUGAUCUUUGGAAAAGAUCUCCUGGCAGCAUUAGCAGUUAGUUUUUGGAAGAGCUUGAUAUUUCAGAUGCCAAUGUGCAUCAAAUGAAUGAUGGCGGGUAAAUGUUUGAGUGUAUGUUGUUUUAAAGUAUUGUUUACCAUCAAUGGAAAUAAUGGAAGAAAUAUCAUCAAAUGGAUUAAUGGCAGCUACACUCAAGGAUUGUCAUUUGGAAAAUUAUGAAGUGCAGCAAAUAUCAGCUUAUAUUUGUGAAUGGGUAGGAGGUUUUGUUCAACCCAUUUCUCUCCUGGCUGAAAAAACUGCUUCACUCUUUCACUCAUUGGCUCUAGGUGUUUGUUUUUGUCACAUAAGAGUGCUUCUGGUUUUUUGAGUAAACUCAUUAACUGCUCUUUUCCCAAAAUGCAAUGACGCAUAACUAAUCAGGGGUCAUUAUGCUUCUUAGCAGCCCCCUCAGACAGGCCUCUUUUUGCUGGGCCCCAUCUCCUCCCCCUUCGUUGACUCUAACUCCAAAUCAAACAUGGCUGGUUGAAUAAAUGAUUACAAGCUUCUUAACAUUAACCUGCCCUAAUAAGACGCCUGCACUGCAGACUACCUUGGUAACAUGUCCCCUGGACAACUGAUACAUUUCACUAACUUGAACCAGGGGACCUGCAUUUUCAAAAAAUCUGGGUUUCCUCUGUAGCACUGACUUUGUUUGUCAAUGCUUGACAAAUGGAAACAAGAUGUACUCUGCUGUAAUCCAGAAAAGUUAAUUUCUUUGACUAGGGUUCUUGUUUAUAGCCAUGUAUCAUUUUGCAGGUUGUUUAAGUAAAUGUUACUGACUAUUUCACAGAAGUAUAUAUUUUAAGAAGAAUCCAAGGUCAUCCCAACUUUUCCUAAUUUCUUAUAAACUAAUCUGCCCUCCACAUUAAGAUGCAAAAAAUAUGUAUUACACCAAUUGUGUAAAUCCCCUCAACAUUUUCUUGGUUAAGAGUACAUUUAAUAAUUACAGUACCUUGAAUUUCCAUGAAGCUUUGCUUCUUAAACUUCUUGUUCAAAAUGUUCCAUUUUCACCCAACACUUAUACUGACAGAGAUAAAUUUGACAAAACUUUUAUUGUUUGAGAAAAUAUUUUUCCUUAAUUUCCAGUCAUUUUCUCAACCUUCUAAUGACUCAAACUAUUUAUAAUGCAAGGUUUUUCAAUUUCCCUCAAAAGGUUCAAGUUAUCAGGAAUGCACAGUGCAAUUAUUUGCCCUAAUCAACCAUCACAUCUUUUUCACAUACAUGCAUGUUUCCAUUUCUGGUUAGUAAUAGAUUACAGAUGACAUUAAAGUCUGGUGAGGAAAAAAAGUGACACACAGCACAAAGCUGUUCUGUGAUCUAUUACUGUACAGAUCCAUGGCCAGAUAUAAUCUAUUUGUUUCAAAUGUUAAAAAACAAAGUGUUGUGGAUGGUGACAUCAUCUACGUCUGCCCUCCAAUGUCAUAAGCAAGAACCAAUCAAAAGCUUGUACAGUUCAGCUCAUCAGGUAGAUAGAAAUACAGAUAGAUAAAUAGGUCUGAUGGAUAGACAGACUGACAGAUAAACAGGCAGAUAUUUGAUAGAUUGCCUACUAACAAUUUGAAACUUUUUUCAAUUCCUGAAAAUCAUUGUUUUGCAGAUGGCUGCAUUGAUAACAACUCCAUUUGAUGUGGUUAAAACACACAGACAGAUGGAACUUGGUGAACUUGUGUUUAGUAUGUAAUGUUUUUUCUGGUCAAGCUAUCUUGUGUGUUGUUGUAUCCCUUAGUUAUCACUGAAGUGAUCAACCAUGCGUAAAUUGUGCUCUUCUAUGUCAAAGAAUAACAUAUAAUUUACACUGUUUUAAUAAGUAAUCUCUAUUUUGAUUUAAAAUUGGAAAAGCUGUUUGAGUGAUUUAUUUAUGUUAUUAAAACAACCUUUACAGAAAAUGCCAGUGCUGUCAAGAAGUUGCCUUUUACAUUCUCACUGAUUUUCCAGUUGUACAGAGAAAGUGGAUGGAGAAGUCUCUUUGCUGGUGAGAAUACAACAGUUACAACUCAUGCAGUGUUACGUGAUUUUUUCAGUCUCACCAGUUACAGAAGUCAGGGUUACUAUUAUUUUAUCUAUUUAUUUGGAAUUUCUAACAAACAAUAGUAAGUGAUUGUGGAGUCAUAUGGAAUGGACAACCUUGGUCAAAAAGUAAAAUAAUAAUCACUAUUUAUUUGUCAGUAUUUUACAAAUAAAUAAAGGGGGUGAGUUUCUAAAGAAACUGUGGUGCUGCAUUAGUGGGAGAGUGUAACUGGGUAAUGCAGUAUAAUCAACUGAGUUGGUAACAUAAAUUGGCUACUGUAAAGAGUUUUAAAGCUGACUUUUUAAGUGUUAGCCCUUCAUCAGCUUUUAAACUCUUUAUGGAGGCCAAUUUACGCUAUCAACUCAGUUGAUAAUGCUAAAUUACCCUAGUAUUUUAAAAAGCUGUCCUUAAAGGACAUAACUAAUGUAUGUGAUACUGUUACUAGUAGAGGUCUCAUUUACACACAUGGUCUUGAUGGCUAGGAGUGUCUGAAGGAAGAUACAGCCCAAAACCAAAUGCUAAAAUCCUCAUGAUCCUCAUACAAAAUCCUUUUUAGAAAUGUAAGUCUGUGUAAGGUGUCAGCUUGAUUUUUUUUCCUUUGAAAGGUGUAUCAGCAAGACUGAUAAAAGUGGCACCAGCAUGUGCUGUCAUGAUCAGCACUUAUGAAUAUUCCAAGUCUUUUUUUCGCCAAUACAACAUGGAGAAGGCUACAUCAGCAACAGUAACUAAAAUGUUCUGA